AUGAAUGGUUCAAGGGCAACAAGAAAAUUAUUAAGUCGGCUUAUGAAAUAUCCCCCAACAACUUGGGACGAAAUACAUAAUGCGUACUGUGCCGAAGUCCGAGCAGGCAAAGACGACCUCAAUGGGCCGACUCAUCGACUGACCUCAGUACAAGCAGAAUCCAGAAAAGAUCGGAGAAGUGAUAUCAGAAGAGAUCCAGUGGCCUCACGGCCAAACCAGGAACGACAUCUCCCAUAUGUCAGAACUACCGUUGUAUCCUCAUCUCGCCAUGAAGAAGGCCCACCCCGGUCAAGAACAGGGACUCACCGGAAUGAGAGAGAGAUCGUCUACACCUUGGAGAAGCUCGGACCAAAGGUGAAGUGGCCACAAAAGAUGAGGUCGGAUCCGAAUACUAGAAAAUCAGACGCCCUCUGGACACCUCAAAGAAUUGCUGAGCGAUUAGGGACACAUCAAGGGCCGCUGAAGCCGCCAUCACCGGCCCGUACCAUCUACAUGAUCAUCGGUGGUGGGGACAAUGCUUCCAUCAACAACAUCAAGUUCACCAUAACCCACAAGCUCAAACGGCCGAUCACCCACAAACGGUAUAACGAACUCGAAGAAAGUAUCAUCUUCGAUAAGUCAGUUACCAACGGUUUGGCAUUCCCUCACUAUGACGCUCUCGUUAUUACUUUACAAAUUUUAGAUACCGACGUAAGACGAAUUAUGGUAGAUGAUGGGAGCGGCACAGGUAUUAUCCAUCCUCGAGUACUCACACAAAUGAAACUCAAGGACAAGAUAGUACCAUGCUGCAUCGCACUAAUAGGCUUUAACAAUGCAGUUGAACGAACAUCUGGAGAGAUCACACUCCCCGUCCUACGGGUGGCGUCACUCUGGAGACCACAUUCCACAUCAUGGACCAGGACACGUCAUACAACAUCAUAA